AAACCGUCAAUAUGCGUCUCUCCAUCACCAGCAUUGUUCUCUCCCUCUGCGUACUUCCGAGCAUUGCCAGCCCAAUGCCAGCGCCCGCUGAGAACUCCGCCUUGAUGAGCAAGCGCUGCUGUAUCCUUUGCGAUAAUCCCUAUGCUCGCUGCGGCUCCAACGACAAGCGAGAGGCUUUUGAGACCGAGGAAGGCGCUAUAUCUGGUCUUGGAAAACGCUGCUCGAUUAACAGCAUGAACCCCGCCUUUCGGUGUGGAUCUGCCCCUUCGGAGUGAGUCAGAGAUGAGGCUGGUUAUGGUGUAGGGGGUGU